AUGAUGAAGAGCCUGGUUGGGAUCAUGUGGAUCGUACUAGUGCUCGUUUCAGGAUGUUCCGGUAAUCCAGAUGCCAAACGUCUCUACGAUGACUUACUCUCAAAUUAUAAUAAAUUGGUGCGACCCGUCGUUAACGUUACAGAUGCUCUCACCGUUAAAAUUAAGCUCAAGUUAUCUCAACUCAUUGAUGUUAAUCUCAAGAACCAAAUCAUGACAACGAAUUUAUGGGUCGAACAAUCCUGGUACGACUACAAGCUCAAAUGGGACCCCAAGGAGUACGGGGGUGUCGAGAUGCUGCACGUCCCAUCCGAUCACAUUUGGAGGCCCGACAUCGUCCUUUAUAACAAUGCCGAUGGCAACUUCGAGGUGACGCUGGCCACGAAAGCUACCUUGAAUUACACUGGAAGGGUAGAAUGGAAGCCUCCAGCAAUUUAUAAGUCGUCCUGCGAGAUAGAUGUAGAAUAUUUUCCCUUCGACGAGCAAACUUGUGUCAUGAAAUUCGGCUCCUGGACUUAUGACGGCUUCCAGGUGGAUCUCCGGCAUUUGGACGAAAUGAAAGGUUCCAACGUGGUGGACAUCGGUAUCGAUUUGACAGAGUUUUACACUUCCGUAGAAUGGGAUAUAUUAGAAGUACCUGCUGUCAGGAAUGAAAAGUUCUACACGUGCUGUGAUGAACCGUACCUCGACAUAACAUUCAACAUAACGAUGAGGCGAAAGACGCUGUUUUACACAGUCAACCUCAUCAUACCCUGCAUGGGGAUCUCCUUCCUCACCGUACUUGUGUUCUACCUACCCUCCGACAGCGGCGAAAAAGUGAGUUUAUCCAUUUCGAUAUUGCUGUCACUUACCGUGUUCUUCCUCUUGCUGGCCGAGAUAAUCCCGCCCACUUCGCUUGUGGUGCCUUUGCUCGGUAAAUUCGUAUUGUUUACAAUGAUUUUAGAUACGUUUAGUAUAUGCGUUACCGUAGUGGUAUUAAAUGUCCACUUUCGUUCUCCUCAAACUCAUGUGAUGGCACCAUGGGUGCGACGUGUUUUUAUCCACAUUCUUCCAAGGCUUCUAGUCAUGAGGCGGCCUCAUUAUCAGUUAGAUAGGAGAAGUAUGACUUCGAGCCACAGAGUUAUGGUGAGGACCUGUAACGGUCUAGAGUUAAGGGACGCCGGACUCUAUUCGGAUUCCGGAGAUUUAGGGGAGGACCCUUCCGGCCUUUUUCCAAGUGCCAGUUCAAGAGACGAACUAACACCAAGGGAAUUGGAAGCAGGAGCCUUAAGAUCGUGCAGUAUUCACGGCACUACCCCACCUCCAGGCGUAGGCUUCCAUUUAGGAGAUGAACUGAAUGGAGGUAACCUGGAGGACCACUUAGAGGAUGUCCUUUGUAAGGAAUCUCACCCCUGGCAUCACUGUCCGGAAGUGCACAAAGCCAUUGAUGGCGUCAGAUUUAUCGCGGACCAUACCAGAAGAGAAGAGGACUCUACCAGAGUAAAAGAGGAUUGGAAGUACGUAGCCAUGGUCCUCGACAGGCUGUUCCUCUGGAUAUUUACGUUAGCAGUAUUAGUGGGAACUGCGGGGAUAAUCUUGCAAGCCCCCACAUUGUACGAUGACCGUAGACCCAUUGAUGUGACCCUGUCUGAAAUAGCAUCCACGACUGCAAAACCCCACAUAGCCACCUCAUUGUAA